UGCGACUUGUACCAGGAGUUGGAGUUGAAGUUGAAGUUGGACACAGAUUUCCUUGCGGCAACGCACAACGUUGCGUUUGAUGUUGACGUUGUCGUUGCCGUUGCCGUUGCUGGGCAGAUUGUCAAACAACUUGACUUAAAGGCAAGUUAACGAGCGAUGUUGGCUGCUCGCCUCAUCAUCAUCAUCGUGGUGAUUAUCAUCAACAGCGUACUCAUUGCAAUGAACGACAACUUCAUCAUGGUAGCCGCGCUGUCAUCAGCAUCAGAGCAUCAACACACGACGCCUCGAAAAAGCCAUCAAAAGCGUUGGAGGAACGUAAAAUGCAACAAGAAAUGGAGAAAUGCAGUAACCUCAACACUCAACACUCUAGGAACAACGAAACGCCAAUGCGCUCUGUGCAUCAGAUGCGAUGGUGAGAUGAGAGACUGAAACUAAAACUGAGGCUGAACCAAUUAUGGAAUCGCAAAGCCCAACAAACCAAAGACCCGCCACCAACUGCCACCAUGACUGAGGUUGAUACUGAAACUGAGAGAUCGAGAUCAAGACGCAGAGAUGUAGAUGGCGCUUGCGAUUUGGACAAUGUCCAAAAGCUGGUGGCGUUUCAACUAUAAAUGCGCGACGCAUCUCUUGGACAGUUAUCAGUUUUACGGUUUCGUUCGUUUGGUUUACCACGCGCAUCUGUAACUCCACUCAAGAUGAAAUCCAUUGUUUGUGCCGUCGUUGUCGCCGUUGCCCUUGUGGGAUUGGCUCAAGCUCGUCCGCAGGCGUUUGGCAAUCGCUACUUGCCACCUCUGCCCAUCAAGGAUGUGACCACCCACAAUAUUCAGACGAUCUUCCAGCAGCCCCAGCAGCAGCCAAUUGCUCAGGUUGAAUCGAUCCGUCCAUCGAUCUCGUUGGGCAGCUUCUCGAUUCAAUCGGGUGGUCAGACAACCACAACCAUUCAGCAAUCGCCUGCUCCAGUUUCGGUUUCUGCUCCUGCUCCUGCUCCGAUCACCUAUGAGGCACCCACUCCCAUUGUGGCCGUCCAGACGCCUGUCAAGAACACCUACUUGCCACCCGUGUCCGUUCCAGCUCCCGCUCCCGUAGUGACUGUGCAGGAAACCGCACCAGUUGUUGUUGAGCAAACCUACACCGCACCAGCUCCAGUGGUUCAGCAGCAGACUUACUCUGCACCUGCUCCAGCUCCAGUUCCAGUUGCAGCUCCCGCACCAGUUGUCCAGGAGAGCUAUGUUGCCCCCGCUCCAGUGGUUCAGCAGCAGACAUACUCGGCUCCAGCUCCCGCUCCAGUGGUUCAGCAGCAGACUUACUCCACCCCAGUGGUUCAGACCACCACCCAGGUUGUCCAGGAGAGCUACUCUGCUCCAGCUCCCGCUCCAGUGGUUCAACAGACUUACUCUGCUCCCGCUCCUGUGGUUCAACAGACCUACUCUGCUCCCGCUCCUGUGGUUCAAGAGACUUACACUGUGAAUGCCCCUGCUCCAGUUGUUCAGCAAACCUACUCCGCUCCCGCUCCAGUGGUUCAACAGACAUACUCGGCUCCAGCUCCUGCUCCUGCUCCCGCUCCUGUGGUUCAAGAGACCUACACUGUGAACGCUCCUGCUCCAGUGGUUCAGCAAACCUAUUCCGCUCCAGCUCCCGCUCCUGUGGUGCAGGAGAGCUACUCUUACCCUGCACCCACCCAGGUGGUUCAGGAACAAAUCACCGUCCAGGCUCCCGCUCCAGCUCCAGUUGUGCAGCAAACCUACACCGCUCCAGCCCCCGUUGUUCAGGAGAUCCAAACAGUUCAGGCUCCUGCUCCUGUGGUUCAGCAGACCUACACAGCUCCCGCUCCAGUGGUUCAGGAAACUCAAGUGAUUUCAGCUCCAGCUCCAGUUGUCCAGGAAACCUACUCUGCUCCAGCUCCCGCUCCAGUGGUGCAACAGACCUACACUGCUCCAGUUGUCCAGGAAACCUACUCUGCUCCAGCUCCUGCUCCAGUGGUACAACAGACGACCUACACAGCUUCUGCUCCAGUGGUUCAACAGACGACUUACACAGCUCCUGCUCCAGUUGUUCAACAGACGACGACCUACUCAGCUCCCGCUCCAGUUGUUCAACAGACUUACACAGCGCCCGCUCCCAUCGUCCAGGAGACCAUUCAACAGGCUGCUCCAGUUGCCCAAUACAGCGGCUACAACUACCAAGCACCCGCUCCAAUUGUGCAGCAAACUACCACUACCUAUAGCGCCCCCGAGAUAGUGUCUGUUCCCGCUCCAGCUCCCGCACCUGUUGCCGCUCCCGUUGAGAUCCAGACUCAACAGCAGGUCAUCACCACCACAACACAAGCUCAGGCUCAGGUUCAAGCCGCUCCAGCUCCAGAGCCAGUUCCCGCACCAGCUCCGGUUCCAGUGUUGCAGCAAUCCUUUGUGCCUGCUCCUCCAGCUCAACCCAUUGUGCAGCAGUACAGCAGCCCGGCUCCAGCACCCAUUGCUCCCCAGCAGAUUUUCCAGCAGUUCACCCCUACUUAUAGCUACACCCAACCCGCUGUUCAGCAGCAACAGCAGCAGAUCACCUACACUCAGUCCGCUCCUGCUCCUGCUCCCGCUCCUGCCCCCGUCUCCAUUCCCGCUCCUGUUGUGCAGAAAACCGAGAUCAUUCAGCAAGCCGCUCCAGCACCAGCUCCACUUCCCAAUGCGGUUUCGGCACCAGCCACCACCUCAGUGAUCAGCAGCACGGCCACAGCCACGUCCAGCGGCAGCCAGAUUGGCACCAACUACGGCUCCAACGGCGGCUACAAAUUCUUCGCCAUCGUUUCGUUCGCCCUCGUGGCUCUGGUUGCCGGUGAUGUCGCCCAUUUGAGCAAGACUUAUCUGCCUCCUCGUCAGGUUGCUGCUGCCACCUACACCGCACCCGUGGUCAGUGCCGCUCCCGCUCCCGCUCCCUCCUUCGUAGCCAGCCAGCAAUAUGUUGCUCCAGCUGCCAGCUACCAGAGCACAUCUUUUGCCGCUCCAGCUCCUGCUGUUGAGAGCUUCGCCAGCGAGUCUUCCUAUGUCGCUCCUGCUGCCACCCAGACUGUCUCCUACACCGCUCCAGUGGCCAAGACUUAUGCCGCCCCCGCUGCCGCUAGCUUCGAGUCGUCAUACGUAGCUCCAGCUGCCACCCAGACUGUCUCCUACACUGCUCCAGCUGCCAAGACUUAUGCUGCUGCUCCCGCUGCCAGCUUCGAGUCCUCGUAUGUUGCCCCAGCUGCUACACAGACCGUGUCCUACACUGCUCCAGCUGCCAAGACCUAUGCCGCCGCUCCUGCUGCUAGCUUCGAGUCCUCGUAUGUUGCCCCAGCUGCCUCCCAGACUGUUGCCUACACCGCUCCAGUUGCCACCUUCGCCGCCAAGUCUUAUGCUGCUCCUGCUGCCAGCUUCGCCAGCGAGUCCUCAUACGUUGCCCCUGCUGCCACCCAGACCGUCUCAUACACAGCUCCCGCUGCCAAGACCUAUGCCGCACCUGCUGCCAGCUUCGAGUCCUCAUAUCUUGCCCCAGCUGCCACCCAGACUGUGUCAUACACUGCCCCAGCCGCAGCCACCUUCAAGGCCACCACUUAUGAGGCUCCUGCUGCUGCCACCUUCACCAGCGAGUCCUAUGCCGCUCCAGCUCCAGUUGCCGCUGCCUCCUACACAGCUCCUUCAUACUCCAGCUCUGGCAUCGACACCGUUUACGGAUCCAACGGUGGCUACGUCUAUGCCAGACGUCGUUAAGUUAUCAGCAACGCGAUAGAAACACAUUUUUUUUUUAAUUGCUAACGAAUAAAACCCCAAUUGUUGUAUAAACAAAAUUUACCAAGUUUUCAA